AUGUUAAUAAUACAUUAGGUAAUAAAACCCUUCAAUUAAGAUAUUUAAUUAAUAAAAACUAUGUUGUUCUUUAUAUUAAUAAGUUUUCUUGUAACUCUAGCGAAAGCUUAGACAGGGACAAUAAAUCCGACUCAGCAAAUCUAAUACUCGGAGUAUUCAAUGGCAGAAUGGAACAAUUCGUUGUAUUUUACAAUAGAAUCAAAAUUUGUUCCAGCUUCGAUCCUGUACACUAACAAAUCCUCAAGCACCAGCAAUAUAUAUUUAAUUUUCUGCAUUUAGAAUACAAAAAUAUUAGACAUUAGUACAUAAUAUGUAUUUUUGACAUAUUUGAAAAUUGACAACACUCUAAAAACUUUGACUCAUUUUUUUGAAAUUUAAACACAGACACAAAAAUAUACAGAAAAAAUUACACUUCAGAACUUAAAUUAUGAAGGAUUCUGGUAUAGUUUAGAAAUAAGAAAUGACGUAAAGCAGCAGUAAUUAAAUAUCACGUUUUAUUAAAACCUUAAUAAAAAUAUAUUGUUCCAAAAAAUUUUAAAAAAUGAGUAUUUUCCAAUUCAAGAUUACUUUUCAUUUUACCUCGGUGAGUCAAAAAUUUCACGGUAUCUUGGGUACAAUUAGUUACAAGGACCAAUUAAGUAUCAAAUCCUUUCAUCAACUUCAAAAUUCACACCCUAGACUCAGACUUCAUGUAGUUCCACAUCUGGUUUGGCCUUGAGAGGGACGUUCAACUAUUCCUCUACUAAUUUCUAUGAUUAUACAAUCAAAGAUAUAAUAUCAAAAUCAUACGGAUUGACUACAUGGUUAAAAAUGGAAAAGAAUAGCAAUUUAGCAACUAACUACGUCAAUGUGUUGCAUAUAUAAUAGAAUUUAAUAUACAACUACUUAGCCUAAAUAGGUGGAAGAUUAGCCUAAGUAUCAUACUCCAUUACAUCCACUAAAUAAAUAGUUGAAAUAAUUUACACCACUUUUACCUUUCCAACCAUUCCUUCUCUUGUAAACAAUGCAGACCCCACUGAGAAAAUUGUUAGUUAUGAAAUACCAAUUUAGUAUUCCCUUUAUAAUUGGCAUUACUUUUCGUAUUCUUUUAAGAGUAAUUCAAUCUAUUUGAAUAUAAAUUUUGUGCUGCAAAAUUAUUAAUUCUCAAAAACUUUGACUAGCAUUAACUAAUUUUCAGACUUAAACCUAGUCAUUAAUUUGGGUGGAACCUAAUACAACAAGAGCACUAAUUAAGGAUAAUUUAAUUUACCAUACUUUUACACUUGUCUAACGACUUAUACUCCAAAGUGCUAUCUAACAUGUGCAACUUGUUUUGGGCCUAAUAAAAAUGAGUGUCUUACUUGUUCUACUACGUCUAAUCGAUAAUUAACAAAAGAUAAUAUAUGUAUUUGUAAAUCUGGUUAUUUGGAUACCAACCUUACAACAUGUUAUAGCUAUGCAGGAACACCAAAUACAGAAGAAUUGAUACCACUUUCCAAAAGGCAAGGGUAUGAUUAAGAGGAACCAAAUGUAGUAUGCUCUUAUGGAUACUUCCUUCAUGAUAAUCAAUGUUUUGAAUGUCCCAAACUUAACCGUUAGUAUUUUUGUCCUGAAUGCAUCUAAUAUCCAAAUACUUGGGUCUUAACUCCAAUAUGCACAAAAAAAUAUUCAUAAUUUAAUUAGAAUGAGAAUAACACAUUUGUUUAAGAUAUUACAACCAGUGCUUAGAUUAUACUAUUAGAAUUAGAUCCAUAUAAUGUCUACUUAUUUAAUGAUAAUCAACUAACCUUUUGCACUUUUUGUAGUUCAUUAUGCUUAACUCCUCCAUAUAAUUCACAAUGUCUUGAAAGUGCAUACUAUCACUUAAACUAACCUGUGAUGGUAAUUUGCAUUUAUAAAGCAAUUUUGGUGAAUGGAGAAUGUAAGUUCUGUGACAAUGAUUGCGCAAAAUGUAUUCUAAUUAAUAAUGAACCUUAAUGUGCUUUUAUCUCUGAAUAUAACUAUGUAAACAAGGCUUGUGUAAAAAGUUCCCUAGUUUCAUGCAUAGGCUGUCAAGAUAAUAGCCUUUAUUUUUUUAACUUUGAAUAAAAUGAUUGCUACUUAUGUUCGAUAGCUAAUUGCAAGUACUGCUUCUAAUAUUUAAAAUCCAAUCCUACUUAUAAUUCAGUAUUCAAAUAUUCAAAUAUCACAUAUGAUCAAGAGGAUCUAGAAGUUGGAUGUGCUCUCUGCUAUAAUGGAUUUAUCUUUAAUUUUUAUACUGGGCAGUGUGAAUAAAAUUAAAAUUUGUUGAGCACUUCUUGUUCCUUAUAUUACAUAACAUCUUCAUAGACUUCUGUAUGUAUUACUGAUAAUGACUUUUCCAAAGGAGUAUAAAUUAGUGAUUGUACCAAUUACUUAUAGAAUUGUAUUAACUGUCUUAAAAUAACAAACAGUUAAUAUUACUGCGUGGCUUGUUAACCUGGAUAUUAUUUAUAAAGAACUUAUGGCACUUGUUUGUCCUGUGUGGAUUUAAAUCCUACUUACAGUGAAUGUUUUUCUUCUUAAUUAAAUAAUUAGAAUUUUAAAUAUGAGAUGACGCCAUUACUAUAUAGUCUAAGUAAAUAAUAUCCUGGUUCUUAAAAAACUGAAUCUAUAACUGUUUCAGUAAGUAAAUGUGCGCCAGGUUAUCAAUAAAUAACUUCUCAAAAUUGUAAUUUAGUAGAUCCUUUGCAUUGCAGUACCUACUUUUUAGGAUGUAGAACUUGCGAAAACACAUUGGAAGGAACAAAACGUUUAUCAAUAAUUGAUUUAAAAUGCUCAGAUUGUCCUUAUUAUUGCGAAUAUUGCAAACCAAGAAACUAAUUAGAAUUACAGUAAUUGAAUCCCUACUUGAACUUAACUUAAAUUUAAAAUUGGCUAACUUAUAGAUGCAUCUUAAAAUCAACAACUUAAAAUUUUGUAUUCCUUGAUAAUGAAAAAUAAUUAGCAAGAUAGUGCUCCUAAGAUAUUCCAAAAUGCUAAUUAAAAAUAAAAUAUAAUUUUUCAGCCUACAGCACUUUUUAAAGUUUGCUUAAAUCUGGUAUUAAUAACAACCUAUUUUUAUUUUAUAAUCUCAAAAGCCCAACCUAUAUUGAUUUUAAUAUUAACAUGAGUGCGACUUAUUCAGAUUAUAAUUCCUUUUUAAGUUAAAAUAAGUUAUAUAACUCAUUUAUUUAAUAAAUAGCAAGUCUUAAAUAUGCUAAGUUAACUUAUUACUCUUAAAAUGUAUAGAUUGCUUUUAUUUUUGCAAAAUACAAAUUCAUAAAUUUUUAAGAGAUCUUAUUCAAUUAAACAUCUAUUUUAUUCAGUCGAACAUAAUAAUCUGUUUUAGAAAUAGAAUCAUUAUUGCAUGUGAAAUUGACUUUUGAAAAUGUAAUCAUUUCAGAUACUGCAUAAUAUCCUACUAACUUAUAAAUUAUAUAUGAUGAUACAACUCCCCAAAGAUCCUAUUAAAUAGCAGUGUAAAAUCCUGAUAAAGUUAAUUUUACCAAUGUUAUCAUUUAGAAUAUAACAUUGUUUAAUGUGCUAUUUUUCAACUUGACAUCAGUUGUUGAUAAAAUAACAAGUCUAGACCUUUUGAAUUUCAAAAAUGUAACUUUUUUCAAUUGUUCAUUUACAUCUACUAAUCUAAUAAGCUUGACUGAUCGAAAUAACUAUAAUAAGAUUUAAUUUAUUAGCCUGAGAUUUAUUGAUUGCUUUUUCUAAAACAGCUCAUUUUUAAGUAGCAUGGGCUUAUCAUUAAGUGCAAGUAUUCUCUUCCAAGAUUUCGUUUUCUAAAAUUGUACUAUGAAAAACUCUAUUUUUGUUUUGGCCCCAUAAAGUCAAACUAUUUUCAUAAGGGAUUUUUAAAUUAAAAAUUGUUCGUUUUAUGAUACCGAUUUUAUUCGAUUGACAUCGUCAUCAACAAUUAUAAACCUUUCACUCAAACAAAGUUUUAUGAAAAAUUUCAUUCUUAUUCACAAAAUGAAAUCCGCAUAAUCAAUUAUUUCUAGUACUAAGGAAGAUUAUAACUUUGAAAAAAUCGUUAUUUAUGAUUCUUAAUAUUAAUAAACUCUCUUUGUAGAAAUCCCUUAAUAUGGUUUAGAAGACAUAAGCGUUUCAUUACUUGAUAUUUAAUUAUAUGAAUUGGAAUCACUAGAUAAUCCAGGAGAGAGAGAUUACUAUUUAUUUUUGAUAUAAACAUCAUUUUUUAAAGCAAAUGAAAUAUCAUUAAUAAGAUCCCCUGGAUGCCGAGAAUUUUCAAUUCGAAAUGCUUAGAGCGUAAUGAUUACUAAUGUUAAUGCAACCUCCUCUCUUAAACAAUAAACUUUUAACUUUGAUAAAUUAAAAGAAGAGUCGCUUAAUUAAAUCUUAUACAUAGAAGCAUAAAUUAUAGAAUUGAGAGACAUUUUAAUCUUAAAUCAAUUAUGUGUGGAUAGUAAGAUUAUUGAGGUAAAUUUGGUUGAGAUGAUAAAGAUGAAAUAGGGAUAUGUCAACUUAGAUAAUUUAUUAUUUUCAGGCAUCCAACUAAUUAAAACUAUAUUCUCAGAAUUUACAACUGUAUUAUUUAUUUCUGGCAAUGUUUAAAACAACAUAACAGUUUCGAAUUCUUAAUUUUAAGAAAUAUUUUUAAAUGAAUUAGUGCAGGAUACUAAGAUCUCUUCAGCGGCCUUGGCUGUUAUAUAGUCAGAAUAAAGUUAUGUAAGACUUUUUGAUAAUGUAAUUAAUGAUGUAAUUGUGCUAAACUCUAGUAAUUCUAUUCUCUUGAUAUAAAUUUUGUCAUUAGAAAUUGUUAAUCUAACAAGCACAAAUGUAAAUAAUGUUGAUUACUUCCUUGAAAAAUAUCAAAAGGAAUAAUUAAUAUUAAUGGAAUUGAAUUCUCCUUUAGUUAAUUCGCAAGGUGGAUUAAUAAAUUUGUAGAUUUAGUAUUUGUUCAUGUUGGAUUCUUAUUUUAUUAACACAACCGGAUUGUUGGGAGGUGUAUUAAGUAUUACUACAAAAUAACAUGGAUAGCUAAAUAUAUCGAACUGUUAUUUCAUUAAUCAAUCGACAAGUAUUGGUAAUGCUUAGGAUGGAAAAGGAGGCAGUAUUUUUAUUAAUUCAGAAAACUCAUAUCUAAAUCUUCAUAUCAGCGACACAAGCUUUAUAAAUUCAAAAAGUGGUUUUGUUGGAGGGGUAAUUUAUUUCAAACCUUCGUUAUAUUAAGUGCAAAUAUCUCUUAAAAACUUAUAUUUAAAUAAUGUAUUUGCAAUUUAGUCUUCUGUAUUUUCGUUUUAGAUGAGUUAACUCAACUCUAGAUCAAUUUCGUAUAUUUCAAUGAAAAAUAUCAGAGUUGAAAAUCACUUUGAAGAGUUUUUAUAAUAUUUAUCAUAAUUUAACUUAGAUAUUAAUGCUUACUAAAUUAAUUAGGAUUCAGCUACUCGUAAAAAUUAUAAAUUAUUUAAUAGCUAAGUUCUAGUAGAGAACUUUUAAUAUGAUGGAUUUGCAUUUCAGCCAAUAUUUAAUUUCAAAUUUGCUAAGAGAAUGUUAAUUAACAAUUUGAAUAUUCAAAAUAUAACUCAUUUAUCUUCAGCAUUAGUUUAUUUUGAAAAUGAAUAAAGCUUGAAAUCCAUAAUUUAAAUACAAAGUCUUCAAAUUAGUGAUUGUUCCGAAUAUUAAAAUUAACAAAGGUAAUAUCCAAACUAUGCCCUCCAAAUUGCUAAUCUAAACAAUUAUUUUUAAUCAUUGAUUCAAGGAGAUAAAUUGAAAUCACUUAUACAAAUGAAUUUUUAAGAAAAUAUCUCUUCUGUCCAUGUUAAAUUGCUCAAUUUAAAUAAUAAUAAUUGCACUUUUUGUAAUAGCGGUGUAUUCUAUUUAAAUAAUCAAUAAAGCAAUAUUAAAUUAAAAUUACAAGAAUUAGUUUUUCUAUCUAAUAUUUGUGGUUUUGAUACUUGUUUUUUGAUGAAAUCUUAGGGUACUUAAAAAUAUCAUAGACUUACAAAAUCUAAAUUUAUUAAUAAUAAAGCUUACAUUGGAGGAGCAAUUAGAUCAGAUAAUUUUGGUUUUCUUAUUAAAUAAUGCUUUUUCAUUUUGAAUUAAGCAAAAACCAAAGGAGGUGCAAUCUAUUAUUAAAAUAGUAAUUAAAAUCUUAAACUAAUUGAAACAUAAUUUUAUUCAAAUUAAGCUCAGAUUGGUGGAGCCAUUUACGAUUUGAAUAUUUAUGAUAAUAAUUCUGAUACUGUUCAUUUUAUAGAAAAUAAGGCCUCACUAUAUGCCAAUAAUGUAGCAACCUAAGCUAGUAUCUUGUAAUUACUAAUUAAUGAUAUUCCUCAGCAUAGAUAGAAUUAUUAACAUGAUAACGUAACUAUUGAGGAGGUGUUAUACUAUAAUAAAUCAAAAUUAGCAAAAUUUUUAUAUUUUCCAAGUGGAACUGAUUUAGAUAGCUUUCAAAAAUUUAAUAUGAAUACUACCUCAUUUUCCAAAUAUCCGUUGGAUAUAGCAAUAAAGACCCUUAAUUUUUAGAAUGAAUAAAUGAUUGAAUAACACAACACUAGAUGCAACUUUAGCACCCAGCAUGUUAAAUAAGUAGGAAAUGAUGAAUAAGUAUUUAAUGACACAACCAAAACAUCACUUUAUUAUGAUGACACUAACUCCUUAUAUAAUUUAAAUUACCUUAUAUUUACAUUUGAUCCUUACUUGGAGAGUAAUAAUUACCUUAGAACUGAUGUCCAAUGUGAUAGUGUUAAAACAAAUAAUUACUUCUUAAGGUUUUAUAGCAAAUCUUUUAAAUGCCAAAUUGGAGAAUAUUACUAAGAUAACAAAUGCCUCAAAUGUGAUAGUGAUUAAGGCUAUUAUUCUGUAGAAUACAAGGCAACCUCAUGCUAACGAAUAAACAUUUAAAUGAUAAAAAGCACAACAGGAGCACUAAUUGAAUUAUAAAGUGGAUAUUGGAGACCGAAUUUAAGAUCUAAUUAAAUUGAAUAGUGUAAAAUCUAUCCUAGUAGAUGCCUUGGUGGCUGGCAGGUCUCUGAUCAAUCUUGUGAAGUUGGAGCACUAGGAGCAUUAUGCGAAUAAUGUGAUAUUUAUAAUAUAAGAGGACAAGGUUCUUUCUUGAAUAACAAAGCUUAGAAUUGCUAAAUAUGUGGUGAGUUCAGCUAUUAAUUUGCUUUUAUGAUUAUUGAAACUAUAUGGAUUGUGCUGCUGAUUGGGUUGACUAUAAAAAGUAAUCAUUUUUCUAAUAGAUAACUGUUUAAAUUAAAAUGCCUUUAUAGACAUUUUGGAACCAUUCACAAAUAGAUGAUUGAUUAAACCAGUACUUUAAUUAAAUUGGCUAAUAACAUCUUUUAGAUUUUAUCAUUGAUUAGCACAUUCUAAAUUUCUAUAUUUUCCAAUUUAUCUAAUACCAUUUUAUUUUUAGGUGAUUCCACAUAUAUGGUGACAUAUCAACUCGAUUGUUCAAUACCAUAUAUUACUCACAUUAAUUAUGAAUACGCCCAUUAUAUUUUAAUGUUGUUAUUGCCUAUCUUGCAUUUUGCACUAGGAUGCUUUAUAUUUUUUAUAUUUUUGAUUAGGAAAUAAGUGACUUUUUCAAAAUCAUACAUUUUCUCUUCAAUCAUUUAUUUAUAUUGUUUGAAUUAGCAAAAUAUUAUUAAAUGGGGUGUCUCAUUGAUAACAAAAAGAUCGCUCUCAGGAAUUGAUUGGAUUCAAGCUAAUGUAGAACAUAGAUAUGAUACAUAAGUUCACCAAGAAUGGUCUAUUAGAUUUAUAUAUCCCAUUUUAAUAUUAUAUGGUAUCCUAAUUCCUUUAUUUUUGUUUCUGCAAUUAAACAAAGUGAAAGAUAGCCUUGAUGAUAAGAAUGCAAGAACAAAAUAUUCUUUUUUAUAUAACGAAUAUACAGCCGAAUCCUAUUAUUGGGAAAUCAUUAAAAUGCUUUAUAAGUUAUCAAUCAUCCUUAUUGUUAACUACUAUGAAUAAUUUAUAUUAGUCAAAGGAAUCAUAAUAUUUUUGAUCAUCUUGAUUUACUACAAGCUUUGCUAAUAACUUUAGCCAUAUAAAUUAUAAUCCAUUAGUACCAUUGAUGUUAAAACAUCAUUUUUAUUAUCUGUAACAAUUAUAUGUUGUCUCUUGCUUUAUGCGGUCUAAUAAGAGAACAUCAUGUACCUCAAUUAUUUGAUUCAAAUGAUUAUAAUUUUCCUAAUUUUGGCAUUAGCAGAAGCCCUAUUGCAUAGAAUUUUCAUUGCAUACAUAGCAAAAUUAAACUUGUAAUUGGACUUUAUAAGAAAAAUCAUUCUUAGAAGAUUCCCAUCUAUAGCUAAAGAAAUGAAAUGCCUUAAACCGUAUCUUUUAUUAAGAAAGGAGCAAGAAGAAAGAAUUCAAACUAGAUUUAGGAAGAUUAAACAAUAUUUAAAAACUCAAUCGAAAGUUAUCAAUAGCAGACAAGUUUAAUUGAGCAUCAAGGAAUCUAGCUUUAUCGCUUCAAAUCCUUUGUCACAAAAUACAACUAGGCCUUUCAUAUCUACAGAAAGGAACUAAAACGCUAAAAUGUUAGAGUGA